CUGAAACCUUAAGGUUUGGGGGUUUAACGAGGGUUACCAGUCUCUACCAUUUCUCUGAAGAAGACGAAGCUUCCACCAAUUUUUCAAUUAAUUCGUCUCUACUCAUUUUCCAUCACCCAAAAUGCGUCGAAGCUUCUCCAUUAUAGGUCCUUGCAAAUGGCUCAAACAUUCUUCUGCUUGUAGCAACGUUUACUACUUCGUCACCAACCCACUCACUUCUAGACCUAACGGCUCUCCAAUUUUCCGAUACCUCUCCUACUUCGCGCCUCAGCGACGACAACAACAAUCCCCAGAUCCCGAUGAUCCAGCCAAUCUUUUGAAAGAAGACGGAGUUUCGCUCUGUUCUCAGAUGUGGCUCGAGAAUUUCAAAGAGCCAGACAAAACCGCGACCAAUUUAGCCUCGUAUCUCCGAAGAUUUGAGUUAUGGGUAUUAGCUUAUCAGAAAGUUUGCUGUGACGAAUUAGGUGCUUAUAUGCCUCGUAGCUCCAUUCAGAGAUCAGCUUUAGAGAAUCUGUUAGCUCUGAGAAACUCUGUUCUCGAUGAUCGGUUCAAAUGGGGAGCUCGUUUGGAUUUCUACAUAAAAUCUCCUAGGGAUAAAACUGAUUACGAGUCUUUGUCUAAGAGGAAGAUCAAAGCGAUUUUGACUACUACACAACCAGCUCCGUUUCAGGAUAAGAUAGUGCAAGAAGUGUUGUUGAUGAUAUUGGAACCGAUUUACGAGUCUCGGUUUUCUCAGAAGUCGUUUGCGUUUAGGCCAGGGAGGACUGCACACACGGUUUUGAGAGUGAUUCGGAGGAACUUCGCUGGUUACUUGUGGUAUGUUAAAGGUGAUUUGAGUGUUGUUUUGGAUGGAAUGAAAGUUGGUUUUGUGAUUAGUUCUUUGAUGAGAGAUGUUAGAGACAAGAAAGUGAUCGACUUGAUUAAAUCCGCGUUGGUUACUCCGGUGGUAACGAGUAAAGUUGUGGACGGAGAGAAGAAGAAGACGACGAAGAGAAAGUAUCAGAAGAAACGUGUUCUGGCUGACGAUGAGCCAAAGCCUGAUCCUUACUGGUUAGAGACUUUCUUCGGUUUUGCUCCUGAAGAAGCUGGGAAGUCUCCGCAAUGGGGACAUUGUGGGAUUCUUAGUCCUCUUCUUGUUAACGUGUGUCUCGAUGAGCUUGAUCGUUGGAUGGAAGCGAAAGUGAAAGACUUUUACCGUCCUUCUAAAACCGAUGUUAUAUGGAACAACCCGGAGGGAGAAGCUGACCAAGGAAACACCUCGUGGCCUGAGUUUGUUCCCACGAGCGGUCCAGACAAGACAAGGAAAAUGGAUUAUGUUAGAUACGGAGGUCAUAUACUGAUCGGAGUGCGUGGACCUCGAGCUGAUGCUGCGACGUUGAGGAAAGAGCUGAUUGAGUUUGUUGAUCAGAAGUAUAUGCUUAGGCUCGACAACGAGAAUCUCCCCAUUGAACAUAUAACCAAAGGUAUAAUGUUUCUUGAUCAUGUUCUGUGUCGUCGAGUUGUGUAUCCGACUUUGAGGUAUACUGCGACGGGAGGGAAGAUCAUAAGCGAGAAAGGCGUGGGAACGCUUUUGUCCGUUACAGCGAGCUUGAAGCAAUGCAUUAAACAGUUUCGUAAGCUGAAUUUUAUAAAAGGAGAUCGUGAUCCUGAUCCACAACCUUGCUUUAGAAUGUUCCACGCCACUCAAGCUCAUACGAACGCGCAGAUGAAUAAGUUUCUGACUACAGUUGCUGAGUGGUAUCGGUUUGCGGAUAACCGGAAGAAGAUUGUGAAUUUCUGUUCUUAUAUUAUCCGUGGUUCGCUUGCUAAGCUUUAUGCUGCAAAGUAUAAGCUUAGAUCACGAGCCAAAGUUUACAAGGGAGCUUCUCGGAAUCUGAGCCGUCCGUUGAAGGAAAAGAAAGGUCUUUCACCGGAAUAUAACAAUCUCUUGAGGAUGGGUCUUGCUGAAUCUGUUGAUGGACUUGUUUAUACAAGAAUGUCUCUUGUUCCGGAAACUGAUUACUCGCCUUUCCCGGGUAACUGGAGGCCUGAGCACGAGAAGUUUUUGAUCGAGUACUUGAUGCUUGAUGAGCCAAAGACCUUAGAAGAGCAGAAGAGAUUUAUUAGAGAGAAUGGACUUGUUUCGCCUCAAGAUUACACAUCGAUGUUGGUUUGGAACUAUAAAAGAAAUGCUGUACCGAUGGAUCAGGUUUCGAUUCUAAAGGAUCAACCUUUCUUGUUGGGAUCAUCAAGUAACUACAACGACGAUGAUCAGAAGAUUAAAGAAGAAGAUGAAGAUAGCGACGAUGGGCUUCACAUUGCACGCAUGUAA